AUGUCUUCCAAAAUUAUUCGUGUCGCAUUGGUAGGGCUCUCAGCCAAUGCAACUACAUCGUGGGCAGCAGCAGCUCAUCUGCCGUACCUCCAAUCUGCCCGAGGCCAGACUCAAUAUAAAGUCGUCGCUCUUCUCAACUCUAGCAAAGAAGCAGCCGAAAGAGCCCGAUCUCACUUCAAUCUCCCGUCGACUGUCAAAGCAUACGGUGACCCAGCUCAGCUCGCCGCAGAUGAUGAGGUCGACCUUGUUUCAGUUGUCACUCGGGUUGAUAAGCACUAUUCCGCUGCUGAGCCUUCAAUUAGGGCGGGAAAGGCUGUGUACGUGGAAUGGCCGCUUACGGAGAGCUUGAAGCGAAGCGUCGCUUUGCUGGGGGAGAACAAGGGCCGCGACACCAGCAUCAUCGGCUUGCAAGGCCGACUAUCGCCGGUAGCGUCCAAGAUCAAGGAAGUUCUGGCAUCUGGUAGAAUCGGAAAGGUCCUCGAUAGCCAGUUUAAAGAUUUCCAGAGCAAGCUCCAAAUCCGAUGGCCAGAAGUCGAAAUCGUCAAUAAUGAUGGUGUGAAACUGCGCACACGACAAAGUGAUAUUCCGGAUCUUAUUACCGCCCAUGGAGAGCUUGCCCCUGGUGUUGCAGACAUACAGGACGGCGCAACUUUAUCUACAUUUUUUAGAAGCGGGCCGACUUUCAAGGAUGAGCUACCGUAUGUGUGGUAUAUCCAAGGUCAAAGGGGAGAUCUGAAGAUCACAAGCCCGAUCGGACCAAUUCUCCAGGCCGCCACUGUACCAGGAGUCAAAAUCGAGCUUCACGACUGCAUCACGGAUGAGGUGACGGAAAUCCCAUGGGAGUCUGAGUGGAAGGAUUGGCAAAAUGAAUUGCAGUGGUUUCAGCAGGAGGAUAGAGAGGCUGUUCCGGUGGGAGGAGACUGGCCGAGGCUGGAGGAUGCUAUUCGCAGGCACGAGGAGCUAGACAAGAUGCUGAAUGAUUUCGACAAGACAAACUAA